CAGAUGGAUACGUUCCUGCAGCUGGAUGCCGCCGGCGGCGUAUACGACGACGACCUGGUGGUGGGUGAGCCCGUAGACUUGGAGACGCAGAUCCAGCGCCACAUUGUCGAAACGAGUCAAGCCGAUGCGCUCUUCGGUGAGCAGCUCUACCGUCCAGUGGGAGGGGAAGCGGGUGAUAACGAUGAAAAGGGCGACGAGCAGUUGAGCGCCGCCGAGUCGGACGAGUUGGAGCGACAGCGCUAUCUGCAGCGCGUUCUAUUGAUUGAGAAGGGGAUGCAAGAUGCAGACAAUGAGGUGCAGCAACGAAUCGACACCAUGAAGCGCAUCGUAGGGCUCGAAGACCCCAUGGCGCAGCUGUAUGAGUAUCUGACGCUCAAACAGGAAGCCCGACGAGAAGAUGGCGUGGACAUUGUGAGGGAUCUGAUACUUUGUGCCAACCGCAUGACAAACGAGGAAGACAGCGAAGUGGCCAUGUUGGGAGCGUUCUUCUUUCUGUGCGACAAACAGCAACCCAGGACGCGAGGAAUGGCAGCCAUGUUGCCGGUUGCAGCGGCGAUGAUGGAGGCAUCCAACGGAAUUGACCACUCGCCAUUCUAAUAUGCACGAUUUGUGUUAUUAUUU